CUUAAAGAAAGCAGUGAUGAAGUGGGUGCAAGGCAAAGUGACGCUGCAGAGGUUGCUGAAACUCGUGAACGGGUUACCGGACAUGACUGAAUUCCACUGUGCGGCGAAACUUUUGAGAGUUCUCAACAUGUCCCACAAGAUUGGCUCAAAGGACUUGGAAUUGAUCCGGCAGUUGCUACCCGCGAAAGACCCAACGAACCGAUUGGAUGUACUCUUUUUUUAAGGCGAAGGAAGGAAGGAAGGAGGAAGACUCAUUUUUUUAACAAGUGAGUUGAAAGAACAAAGGAAACGGAUGGCUCCUCCACCCGCAAAACUAGGAGAUGAAAUCUUCAAGUCCACCAAACUGACUCCGUAAAAAGUCUUCAAGCCCACGACUCUAACAUCUGUGGCAACUGUAUCUGACGAAACUACUCGCUAUGCUAGUCCCCCGAUGCAGAAAGUACGAGAAGUUGCAGGUGAAGCUCAACGAGGAACAGGAGAUUUUAGCCCUGGAACUCUUGCUCAGCUUUCACCAGAUUGCGAGUGCCCUGCCUCAGUUUUCCUACGCGCGCUAUCACCUGGUGCAUCUGCAGUGCUUGAACCUGGUUUUUUACCAGUUUUUUAGCCCUGCAAUGGAGGACUUCGUGGAGUAUUGCUUGUACGAUUUGCGUUUAGACUCCCUAUCUGCGUCUGGAGGUCGCAUAUCCAAUGAGUUUGCAGUGAGCGGGAACCGCCGUGUAGCAGUGCUAGAUUUUGCACUAGAGCUGUUGGCGCAGGUGAUGAUGUUUUCGCCGUCGUUGAAGUACGACAUCCUGGAACGUUUCAAUCAUGCUCCGGACGUCGCAAGGUUACCCUAUUUGCAACAAUUGCUGCACUUGGCACAAAUUUACGAGAGCAACAUGUCUGAAAAAGUAAACGCAGUGGUGGGGACGGUGGUUUCGUACGUGCAGUACAAUUAUCGGAUACAAUAUUUACUAGUUCUAGCGCUACGCCAUUGAUGCUGUAACGAUAGAUCCUACGACGUACAACUAUCAUCUUGAUGAUUCUCUUUUCUGAGAGUAUGCUAACGAAGAAUACAACUAUCUAAAAUCCCUCACAUUUCUUCCUCUAAUACCCGGACCUCUAUACCGCCAGCAUCGAGAUUCUCCUGAACUACCAGCAAGAGACGAUACAGCUACAUCCUACCACAAAAGAGCGCGUCUUGCAUCUACUGGAGGUUUCAUACCCCAACGUCGAUUCCCCCUACCACAAAAUGGCUCCAACAAAAGACCAUCAUGAGCGUGGACCGCCUGAAACAGCUUGCAAAAGCCAUUUGCUUCUCUGCGUAUCGACGAAGCGCAUCCUGCUAUUUCAGAAGGAUACGACCCGUGCAAAAUAUUGGUUACAUCCUGCGCUAGCGAAGCCUUGUGGCGUUUGUCCGACGCAGGCUUUCUGCCCUAAAACGCCAAGGAUACUGUGGCAGUAUCCAUUUGAUUAUGGCACGUAGCAGUUGAGCCUGCUAGGAUUAAUUCACCAUAUUUUUCGGAGCAAGUCCUUACUUUUACUAGAGCGAUCUCACUCUCGUACUCUGCCCGCAAAUCACUCUACUCCUCUAAUCCGCACGCCUCUGCCGCAUAGUAGAUGGCAUGGCGCAAACGUUGGCUCUAGGCUUCAUGCACCCUAUGCCGAACGGUCAUGGCUUUGUGGAGAAGAUCGAACUGUUGAAGCUAAAGCUCUCAGCUAUGGGCAAAAGAAAAGUGAUGGAUAAUUUGGAAUCCCUCUCAAAAUGCGGCUUAGCGGAAGAUGCGGUUUUGGGUGCGGCGGAAGACGUCGUAAUUUGAGUGUGUCCUCUUUGCUCGGAUACUUCUUCUAACAUUGGUCUUCAAUCAUCCUAGUACGCUAUGGUAGGAGUAGGUUGAUGCAUCCUCUUCAAUCCUAGUACGCUAUGGUAGGAGUAGGUUGACGCAUCCUCUUCAAUCCUAGUCCAUCAUCUUCAACACUUUGCAGAUCGCCGAGAGUGGUCUCAUCUUCCGUGUGGGUGACAGUCAGAUUGUAACCGUACAAGUGGCAAGUAGGCUUCGACGGACUCGAAACCUGGAUCUCCCUAGGACUGGCGAGAAGCUGUCACUCCAAGCUGCCUCGGAAGAGUAUGUUAUGAGGAUUCAUCUUGAUACAACUCGUCUUGGUACAACUCGUCUUGAUAUACUCUGUCAUUGUCAUAGUCAUUCUCAGUAUAUCAUAGUCAUAGUCAUAGUCAUAGUCAUAAUACUAAAAACUCUGUCAUAGUCAUUCUCAGUAUGUUCUUAUGACUCAUUUGAUGAAUGCGAUGACAGCUCUCUAAAACCUGCAAGCCUUGGGAAUCCGGCUUACUCCUACUUACGGAAGGGGAAUUUUUCGCUUUCAAAGUCAAUUGGAACUACUGGCAACCGCCGUUUGAGGAAGACGAUGAGGAUGGAGCAGCAAUACAAGAAAGUACUGAGAAAUUAGUAGUUAUAGUAUAAGCAAUUGGCUUGAAUCUCUUAAAAGCUUCCCUCAAGGAGCUUCCUUGUGAUCUUUUUACUCACACGACUCUUGUCAUUUUGUGUACUGGAUUUCGGUUCUGGUAGAUGUCCUGUAACAUCCGUAAACGCAGUUAACAAAAGUAACGGUCCUAUAAGUGCUGCUACGCUACUUCUUACUACUCCUAAAAGUAACUACCUAUUCAUCUCAAAAUACAACCUCAUCAGGCAUCCGAGUCCGGUUACGUGGUCGCAUGAUUCCUAAGUUGGCUGCAGAAGUAGUGGCAAGAGGCGCACGAAAAGGUGCUGCUGCUCAAGAAACUGGUGGUGCUGAUGUCAUUCAAGGUGACUUAGAUUAUGGGACGAAAGGUGCCACUUUCUUGUUUUGGCUGUCUGGUGCUGGCGCAGACUGAUACAUCAUUUGGAGAAGGCCAACAUGCGUCUGUGUGUCUAGUCCAACAUCAUGUGUAGGUCCAACAUCUAAUCUCUUUUGCAGAGUGUGUGUUUAGUCCAACAUCUAAUCUCUUUUGCAGAAGAAACACGCUGAGCGGAGUCGACUUAGGGAGAAGACAGAGUUUGACCAUUUGAUGAACGCAACAGCUGAUGAUGAGAAGGAGAAGCAGUACAAGACAAAGCAACUAGUUUUAUGGCAACAAGGUUCACACUUCAUGCACGAUUGACUAUCUAAGGUAAAAACCCAAAGUCAAGCCAUGGAGUGAGUGUUCAAAAAUACUCUGCUUCUAUUAUAUAUAAGGGAAAGACUCCAAGCUUGAUCCGAUCAAUACAUUUAUUCUCAAUACUUGGUGGGUUGUUGCUACUCGUUGGCUGUUCAGGAGUUUUGAAGCCACUUUCACUAGCUUUCUUAGGCGGGUUUUUUUCUAAUACUAGACGUCCGCGCCAAAGCCCGCAGACAGUACAUCCUAGAAAGCACGACGCGCUUGAGUGCGGAGACGCCGACUAUCGUCAAAAACUCCCUUGGCAUGCCAGUGGUGGUGAAAGAUUAUGGCGCGUUGUUUCCAUAGAUGUAGUUACGCAGUUUGAGUUUUUGCUCAUCUCCUCCUUUGUAUUAGAAUUCCAAGAUACCUUCUAAAAGCAAGAGGACGUGACCGCGCGAGACAAGAAGAAAAAAUCGAUUCACUGGUGUCACGACCAGCUUCUUCGGAGCAUGUUUCAUGCAUCUUUAUCUACCCUUCUGGAGGUGGAGCUCGGCACCCAGGUGGAUGAGCCGUCACUCUAUUAUGGCGGAAGUAUAGAGGUGGUACACCUGUUUGUAGUUUCAAAAUGUAAUCAAGGUAGAAAGAGGUGGUACACGACCUGUUUGUAGUUUCAAAAUGUAAUCAAGGUAGAAAGAGGUGGUACACGACCUGUUUGUAGUUUCAAAAUGUAAUCAAGGUAGAAAGAGGUGGUACACGACCUGUUUGUAGUUUCAAAAUGUAAUCAAGGUAGAAGUUUGGAUGUCUUUCUCCAAUACAUAGUACCCUUUUUGUGCUCGACCAAGCGCUGGUUUCUAAUAUCACCUGAAAUUUACGGACGAAGUUUAUGAGUUGGUGUUUGACCACGACACAAGCCGCGAAGCUUUCAGACGGGCUUUGGCAUUCGUGCUGAAUCAGGAAGAUGUCUCGUGGCUUAGGAGCGUAACGGAGUGAUCAGAUUUCAGACCUUAUGGUGAAGAACAAGUUGCUGGACUACAUCUAGACUUCAUGCACUACAGGGCUAGUAGUCUACUUUGCUUCCAAUCAUUUUGUUUUCGGUAUCUCUUCUCUACUCAUGUAACUCCGAUUUUCUCUCCACCUCAGUCAUUAAAUAUGUAGCUCAGAAGUGCAACUCCACAAUGGAAGACGUCGUGGCUGAGAAGCGUAUAACGGAAUGCAUUUGUUAUUAGUUUCUCAAUUUGUCUAUGUCUCUAUUUUUUCCAAAAUAAGCGACCACUGGAUUUCAUCAACUAGCUACUGUACUAUCCAUCCAUGCGUUUCCUAUUUGUACUGAAAAUUAAAUGCAGCACCUGAGAGAGUUGAGUCAAGAUGUUGUACUGUCUCUGGGAUGAAAGCAAUCCAUCGACAAGUUGAAGUCCGUAUCCAAAAUAUUGGCCAUAAACUGAAUCCUUUUUGUAUUUCGCUUGAGACUCGUUUUUUUAUUACCAACCUAUUUCUAUUCUCGUUCAUCGCGGCCUGUAAGUUCAAUAGAUUGUUGUUGUACUUGUAAGUUGAGCUACUAUUUGGAAGACGCCUUUCUUGAAGAUGAAACACGGAUAGUUUGAAAAAUAUAUCACAAGAAAGUGAAUCGACGAUGAACUUGUAUGAAGUACUUGUUUUAACAUUCUCAAGGGUGGGUGACUGAAGGGCCCCCAUGACGUUAGCGAAAACGUGACACGAGGAGGUAUCAUGACUGUGGACGGCGGACCCAAUAUCCUAAUCCUAAUCCUAAUUAUCAAACUAACUCUAGUGAACCUUUGUCCUCCAUGAACGGUGGCAACAGGGACAAUAGCAUGCAUACC